GUUCAUUGGAAGUUCAAAUAAUUAGAGCAAUGGCUAGAUUGAUGGUGCUUGCAUUUUGUAUCCUCAUGUUGCUGAAUAUUAUUGCAAGUGUUCCAUCAUCUUCAGCUGCUCGAUUAUUAGGAAACAACAACAAUGUAACCAAAAUUAAGAGUUAUAUGUUGCAAAAUGGACUUGGUCAGACACCUCCCAUGGGAUGGAAUAGUUGGAACCAUUUCGGUUGUGAUAUAAAUGAAAGUUUAAUCCGAGAUACAGCUGAUGCAAUGGUGUCAACUGGACUUGCUGCCCUAGGGUACAAGUAUAUCAAUUUAGAUGAUUGUUGGGCGGAACUUAAUCGAGACUCACAGGGAAAUAUGGUUCCCAAGGCUUCAACGUUUCCUUCAGGAAUCAAGGCUCUAGCUCAUUAUAUUCACAGGAAAGGCAUGAAGUUGGGAAUUUAUUCAGAUGCCGGAAAUCAAACUUGUAGUAAACGUAUGCCUGGAUCACUAGGACAUGAAAUACAAGAUGCCAAAACAUUUGCUUCUUGGGGAGUCGACUAUUUGAAGUAUGAUAAUUGUGAAAAUAAUGGUAUAAGCGUUAGAGAAAGGUAUCCACCAAUGAGUGAAGCCUUAUUAAAAUCUGGAAGGCCAAUCUUCUUCUCUAUGUGUGAAUGGGGAUGGGAAGAUCCUGCUACAUGGGCCAAAAGUGUGGGAAAUAGUUGGAGAACAACAGGAGAUAUUGAAGAUAACUGGAAUAGCAUGACUUCUAUAAUAGAUGUAAAUGACAAAUGGGCAUCUUAUGCUGGACCUGGAGGAUGGAAUGAUCCUGAUAUGCUUGAAGUUGGAAAUGGAGGCAUGACAACAGAGGAAUAUCGUUCCCAUUUCAGCAUCUGGGCAUUAGCUAAGGCCCCUUUAUUAGUUGGUUGUAAUAUUCAAGCAAUGGAUAAUAUCACGUAUGAAUUGAUAAGUAACUCUGAAGUUAUUGCAGUAAACCAAGAUAAACUUGGAGUUCAGGGAAAGAAAGUAAAAAGCAACAAUGAUUUAGAGGUAUGGGCAGGUCCUCUCAAUAAUAACAAAGUAGCAGUGGUCUUAUGGAAUAGAAGUUCAUCAAAUGCAACAGUAACUGCAUCUUGGUCAGACAUAGGUCUGAAAUCAGAAACUAUAGUUGAUGCAAGAGAUUUAUGGGAGCACUCAACACAAUCAAUGGUUUCGGGUGAAAUCUCUGCUGAGUUAGAUUCACAUGCCUGUAAGAUGUAUGUUCUGACACCUAAAAGGAGUUAAUCUAUGGUGCAAGAGAAUAAAAUAAAUAGUGGUUGUUAUUUUUUUACAUGUAUUGUAUCAGCGAACUAUUCACUCAUUCAUUGAUCCUAAACGGGGACAACAAAUAAAGGAAUAGAAAAUAUUUUUAUCUUGAAAUGUAAAAUUAAAUAUGCAAGUUGUGAUGUCCACAUGCUUUUAAAUGUAUUUGAAAUUAGAUGCAAUAUGGUCCACUUAACUUUGAUGCAA